AGGGGCGCACCUCUCAUUCGGCUCCAGUCGCAGCAUUUCACCGGAGCCACACGUCUCUCUUAACAGCGCCUGCAACUAUCACAUUUCUCCGAUAAUGGACGCGGGAUUCUUCCGCGGCACAAGUGCGGAGCAAGACAACCGCUUCAGCAACAAGCAGAAGAAGCUGCUAAAGCAACUGAAAUUUGCAGAAUGCCUGGACAAGAAGGUGGACAUGACCAAGGUGAACCUGGAAGUCAUCAAACCUUGGAUUACCCAGCGAGUGACAGAGAUUCUAGGAUUUGAAGAUGAUGUCGUCAUAGAGUUCAUAUUUAACCAGCUUGAGGAGAAGCAUCCGGACAGCAAGAUGAUGCAGAUCAACUUGACAGGCUUCCUGAAUGGGAAGAAUGCCCGGGAGUUCAUGAAGGACCUUUGGCCCCUGCUGUUGAGUGCCCAGGAAAACAUUGCUGGCAUCCCAUCUGCUUUUCUUGAACAAAAGAAAGAGGAAAUCAAACAAAGACAGAUUGAACAAGAAAAACUGGCCUCCCUUAAGAAAGUGGAUGAGGAUAAGAAGGAAAAGGACAGAGAUCGGGCUCAGUCUAAGAGCCCAAGGAGGCGGAAGACAAGAUCCCCAUCACCUCGACGAAGGUCACCAUUAAAGCGGGAAAGGAAACGUAGCCCCUCACGUUCUCCAAGGCGCAAACCUAGUCCUGUUGGUGCCAGUUCACCCCCACCACCUCUGAUGCAACUUCCCACAAAACCUUUGGAGCAGCUCGUGGAGCCGGACACAUCAGGAAGAGGCAUGCCAGACCCAGUUGUCCAGGAAGCUUCUUCCACAUGUGAUACAGCAGUAGAGGUGGUGAAAGCAGACUCAGUAAGUGAAGUUAAAGAGGCCUCUCCAGAGAAGACUCACAAAAAAGAAGACAGACCUAAGUCUCGGGAAAGGGAGAAAGACAGCAGGAGGGAAAGACCUCACCAUCGCUCUCGUUCUCAUUCCCGCUCUCGCAGGCGACGCUCCCGUUCAAGGUCUUACUCCCCUCGUAGAAGGCAGAGUCCCAGAAGGAGAGUGUCUCCUCGUCGCAGAAGCCCGCCUAGACGUGGGGCCACCGGUUCCAGACACAGACAUAGACGUUCCCCUGUGCGCAGGAGGCGUUCUCGAUCUGCUUCAUCAUCUGGCAGCAGUUCUUCCGGUUCUCGCUCACCUAAAAAAGCAAUGAAAAGAAUAUCAAGCACACCACCCCGAAAACAGGUCCAUCAUGGUGACAUUUCUAUCAGCCCUGCAGGGAAAGACAGACGGUCACCGUCUCCAAGGGCCAGAAGAGGCAGAGGCUCUGCUUCUCCACCCAGGUCAUCUGGAUUAAAGCGAAUACAAGGAGGCAGGAGUGAUUCUCCAACUGAAAAUACUAAACCCAGACCUUCUGAAGGCUCUGAAUCAGAGGAGGAUAAAAAUGAGAAAGGGGCUACAGCAGAUUCGGUGCAGCAGCGACGUCAGUAUCGCAGGCAGAAUCGGCAGUCGUCUUCAGAUACAGGGUCAUCAUCCUCAGAAGAUGAGGGACCUAAGAGGCCAAUGGCAAGACCAGGAGCCAGAAAUGGUGAUGUUAGAAGACGACGAAGUCGUACACCUUCGCCUCGGAGACGCCAUCGGGAUCCCUCUCCGAGGAAAAGACGUUCUCCAUCUCCUGUUGGACGCAGACGUCGCUCCCCUUCUCCACCAAGACGUCGCAGAUCUCCCUCUCCUCCUCCUAGACGCAGGUCUCCUUCCCCACCUCCUCGAAGACGUUCUCCAUCCCCCAGACGUUACUCUCCACCUAUCCAGCGUCGCUACAGCCCCUCACCUUUGCCCCCCCAGAAGAGGAGAUUGUCUAGCUCUCCUCCAAGACGCUCCUCUCCAGGGGCCAAGCGACGAAUCUCCAGGUCACCCAAGCGUAGAAGUUCCCCACCUCAAAGGAGACGCACCCCUCCAUCCUCUACAUCUCCACCCAGACACAGGAGGAGCCCACUGCCACCUUCUAGCCGACCAAGAAGGGAUACACGGUCACCUGUUCAAGCUGCCAGUCGCCUCUCUCCCUCCCCAGCAAACCGUAGUCGUCCUGUUAGGGGUUCAGCCAGUCCUCGUGGACGUUUUGAAACCUCCAGUUCAUCCCCACUGGGCCAGCGAAGACAGCCGUCCCCUUCUCACAGUGGUAAACCCAUACGCAGAGUGUCCCGCACCCCUGAGCCACGCAACAGCCAGAGAGGUUCUCUGAGCCCUCAGCCUAUGAGGAGAGCCUCAUCCCGGUCUAGGUCUGUUUCCCCUCAGCCAGCAGCUCUGAAACGUCCUGCUCCAGCAUCUGCCUCCCCCUCACCUUCUCGCUCUGUGAGUGGGUCCCCACCGCCAGCCAAGAAGGCCAGCAGUGGCUCUGCCAGUCAGUCACCAAGCAAGAAUUCAGAUGCUGAUGGCAUUGGAAAAAAGAAGAAAAAGAAGAAGGAAAAGAAACACAAGAAAGACAAGAAACAUAAGAAGCACAAGAAGCAUAAGAAGGAGAAAAGUGGCGUUGCUGGAGCUACAGAAGGACAUGAGAACCAGGGUAUGGAUGAGGAUGCAGAAUCUAGAAAGGAAUCUGACAGUGAAGUAGAGGACAGCCUUGAUGACCUGGAGAAACACCUAAGAGAGAAGGCCCUGCGCUCAAUGAGGAAAGCCCAAAUGUCUCCAUCACAGAUGUCCUGAAAACAACUGUUGAUUUAUUUUGUUUGUUUUUUUCCACUCACUAUUGAUGUUUGUCAUCAACCUAUUUCAGCUUUAGAAUGUACAGAUUGUUUAAUUGGAGGUAUCUUGUUUUCUUUUUACUGGUUUGGUACAAUCUGAAGUGUUCAAGAGCUUGAUUUGUGGGUUAGUGAAUUAUCCUAACUGUAAAGAUGCUUGUGUUGUCCAUAAUUUUAAAUUGUUGAGCAGGGUAAUGGUUUAAGUUCACAAGGUUUGAGUAGGGCAAGUUUUCACAGCCUACAGUAUAUUCCAUUGAGAUAUGAUUGCAUGUGCAGUGAUCGUCUCUAAUGUGCAUGAACCACUGACCUUAUGGAGUGUAAACCAACCUAUGGUAACAUACUGUUACUGUUGCCUUUUAGUAGUGGAAACGGUGGCACCGCUGUGCACUGUCAAAGAGGCUGUAACAGAAUGUCUUGUCCCAUUUUGUAACUUAAUAGAGAUGUUUGGCAUUGUUUAACCUGCUGUCAUUUCUCACUUUCAAGUUGUCUUAUUUGAGACUAAAACUAUCUGAUCCAAUAUUGAAUAUGCUUUAAUUUUUCCAGAUUAAUUGAUAUGCAUUUUUCUGUUGACUCCCUUGCACCAAGCUCUGUUGGACUGCUAUCUGAUUUGUAUUAAGUACCCCUGGCUCAUGUCAUCCUGUCAUCCUUUAAGAAUUAAAACUUUUUUUAUAGGAUCUGUG